GUGGCGUGCCUACAACUUAGCCGCAUCUAUUACGCGCACUUUUCAUCGUCACAACGGGGAUAUUCCUUUCAACAAUUUUUUCUUCUCCUUUACGAGCGCAUUAUCACUUUCCUUGCACUGCGUUACGUUUAAUUGCCAAGUGAAGUUGAUCGUUCCCACUAUUUUGUUUUUACGUGUAAAUUAAAAACAACGCGUCGUCAUCGGUAUUCCUUUCAUUCCAGUGAAUUUCUCGUUCAAUAUACUCGAAAAUAAUAAACGAAUAGAGACAAUACAUUGUGACACAUUUGAAUGUCGGAAUUUUUCGGAAUUGAAGUGCCAACGAGAAACGUUGUUACAAUUGCAUCAUAACCUACAAAAGUUUGGUUUGAGUGUGAGUUGACGGACGCGAAUUGCGCUUUCCGCCCUGACGUCUCACUUUCUUCAUUGUGUGCCUGUGUGAGUUAUUCCAUCGUUGUCGUCAUCAGCUCGUGUCUUUCUGUUCAGUCAGUUGAGGCGUCGCUCCGACGAGUCUCGCACGCUUACCAGUACAUACGUUCCUCAGUGUAUAUCAAGUCCCCUUUGUUUCGUUUUAAAAGCAUUUGUGAAAAAAUUUUAACGAGAGCUCAGCGAAAAGACUCACUCGGUGUGUCGUGGAACAGUAAAAUUUGAAUAUUUUUUUUUCGGUAAUUGUGAAACAGCACAAGUGCGAGUGUUUGAUUCUGCUGGAAUAUCUGUUGACGCUUUUUGGUAGGUUGUAUUCUGCGGGACUAAUUAUUAAGUGUGGCUUGGAAAUUGUGUACAAGAGUUACUGACAUAAUGAUGAUGGCUAAUCUUCCCCCCGUUAUGCUGCCGGCCCUCCAUGAUUACGGUAUGCUGACACCAACUCUCGGCAUAAAGCGAGGAAGCGAUGAACUUUUGUCGCAGAGCGGUGCAGUAAACAAUGGUGCCUCGAUGAGUCCCCAGCCGCACCACGCUGCUGACAACAACAAUGACGCCAAAAAGGCGAAAUUGGACAAGGGUCACAACGGUAAACCGUCAAAAGUCAUCCACAUAAGAAAUAUCGCCAGUGAUGUGUUGGAGUCAGAAAUAAUUCACUUAGGCAUGCCCUUUGGAAGAGUGACAAAUGUUCUCGUUCUGAAAGGAAAAAAUCAGGCAUUUCUUGAGAUGGCCGAUGAGAAUGCUGCUACCACGAUGGUUGGCUACUAUGCAGCAAGCGGAGCGUCGCUCAGGGGUCGCGCCGUUUACGUACAAUUCAGCAAUCAUCGGGAGCUCAAGACUGAUCAGGCCCACAGCAACGCGGUCAGUAGUCCAACAAACAUCAUCGCCAAUGUCAACAACACCAACACGCAAGUGGCGUUGCAAGCGGCCCAAGGACAAACUGUGCAGGGCCAGGGCGAUACGCAAGGCGGACCCAAUACUGUUCUAAGAGUCAUCGUAGAGCACAUGAUCUAUCCAAUUUCCCUGGAUAUUCUUUAUCAGAUAUUCACUCGCUUCGGGAAAGUCUUGAAAAUCGUAACAUUCACGAAAAAUAGCACAUUUCAAGCUCUCAUACAGUAUUCGGACACAAUGUCUGCGCAGACUGCUAAAUUGUCUCUCGAUGGGCAGAAUAUUUACAAUUCCUGCUGUACACUUCGCAUAGACUUUAGUAAAAUGCAGAGCCUCAAUGUCAAGUACAACAAUGACAAAUCACGUGAUUACACAAAUCCAACCCUCCCAACUGGUGACCCAAAUUUGGAUGCAGCAUCACUGGCACUUGGUGGUGAGCUUCUUCCGCAAUUGCUACUAGGUGCUGCGGCGGGCUCACAGCCGAGAGCACGCUUACCUGUAGAGUCAAUUGCAGGAGCACCAAGUGUACUUGCAUCGCCAUUUGCUACGAUGCAUGGAUUACCAUCGCCCCUUGCUGGCCCUUACGGCAAUGGAGUGGCACCAGGUGGAGGCAUCGCUGGACUCGGUGGAUUUAGCCUGGGUGCUGGUGCACUCGGGGUCAGGGUGCCUGGUAGCCCUCAAAUGUCAUCUGUUCUAUUAGUCACCAAUUUGAACGAAGAGAUGGUCACGCCUGACGCUCUCUUUACCCUGUUUGGCGUUUAUGGCGAUGUACAGCGUGUGAAGAUUCUGUAUAACAAGAAAGACUCUGCCCUCAUCCAAAUGGCCGAACCUCAGCAGGGCCAUCUAGCUAUGACUCACAUGGAUAAGCUUCGAGUGUUUGGAAAACAAAUCAGAGUUAUGGUCAGCAAGCAUCAAACAGUUCAGCUGCCAAAAGAGGGUCAACCUGAUGCAGGUCUUACCAAAGACUACACCAACAGUCCUCUUCACCGAUUCAAGAAGCCUGGUUCGAAAAAUUAUCAAAAUAUAUAUCCACCAAGUGGUACUUUGCAUUUAUCAAACAUUCCAGCAACGGUGACUGAAGAGGAGAUAAAGGAUGCAUUUGAACAGAAUGGAUUCACAGUGAAGGCAUUCAAGUUCUUCCCGAAAGACAGAAAAAUGGCACUUAUUCAGAUGCCAAGCAUGGACGAAGCUGUUGCAGCGUUAAUUAAAAUGCACAAUUAUCAAUUGAGUGAGUCAAAUCAUCUGCGCGUGUCAUUCUCAAAGAGCAACAUCUAACAAGACAAGUCACAUCAUCAACACGUAGAGUCACAGUGGUUUCAGCCGUUCGCCCUUGUCCAUUACUGGUAUUCCAGUGCCCUAUACGACUGAUUGUCCUACGGACUAAGCAUAUGACUAUGUAUUGAUGCAUCAAUAUUUUUGACAUUUUAGCUGAAGCCUUGCGGCCGUUGAAAGUCAUAAAUACCAAACAUGGUUCAAUGAAACAAACAUUAUUUUCAUUUUUUCGUCACAGUUUGUCACAUUCCAAAGUUGAAAAUUCUUUCUGCAUUCAUCAACUUUAGUGAUUCGCUUUAUUUGGCUUUCGACAUUUGAAAGCUUCAUAUGACAGAUGAAGAAAAAUAACUGCUAGAGACAAAGAGUAUUGAGAAUUUGUAGUGAAAAACAAACAAACAAUUUUCAAGAUGGAGAGUGACAGAAAAAUCGAUUAAUUCUUGUAGGGGGUUAAACUUUUGAUGAAUGAGACGACGACUACACGUAUUCUAGGAUUUAUCAGACGGUCGCUAUAGCGUCCAAAAUAUAGUCGCGCUGGUGAUUAUUAAUAAUAAUUAUAAUUAUUAUCAUUAUUAUUAUUAUUAAGAAUUUUUAAUAUUAAGUGAUAUUGAUGAUGGGCAAAGUAUCAUUGUAAAAUGAUGAAAAGAGAAUCCAAUCGCAUCUCAGUGGUAUGAAAAUAUCAUUUUCAUUUUCCUGUAGUUUAGAUGUAAAACCGAAGUUGAAAUGAUUAACAAUAAGAAUGAUCCAAUGCCAAUUGUCAAACGGGACCCUUGCCGUUUUUUUACCAACAGGUGCUAAAAAACCUGUUCACCUGUUGGAAUCCAAGUUAUUCAUCUCUUUCAGACUGCUAUUUGCGGAUUGAUGGAUAACCCAAUGUUUCCUGUCGGUCGUUGACAACCAAACCGUUGGCGGGAGACCGCAAAUUGAAAAGAAAUGAAUAAACAACAAAACAACAAAAAAUGCAAGACAAUCGUGUCGAUAUUUUUUUAAUACAAAAUCGGCACAUAAGUUGUACAAAUGAGUUCCUCAAAUUUCAUUCUUCAAUUUACGAUGUUUUUACCUUUUUUUUUCAAUCACUUGGCGUGAAUUAUUUUUUUCUCUUUUAGUUGUAGUUGAUUUUUAAAAAUAUUUUUUGUGAGUAUUCUUAUGCAAGUACACGGUGUGCACGUCAAGAUUACAAUAACUUUUUCCUUUCUCUAUCUCACCAUCAUCUGCAUCGUUUUUCCAAUCGUCUCCAUAUCUCUGUGUGCUGUCACUUUUUAAGAGUUUUAUAUUUACACUUUCCUUUUUUAUCUUGGCAUUUUUAAGGAAUGACCGUAAUACAUAUCGUCGCUUUUGAAUUUUCAAAUUCGUCGAGUAAAUGGAUAACGGAGUUCUCGUUUUUAUUUAUCAAAGGAAGAAAAUAAAAAAAGAACGUCAAGGAAUAAUUGUGGGUUGGAGAAUUUACUGUUCAAAUAUACCAAACAUGGUCGUGAGGAUAUAAUGAAAAAAUUGUCUUCCACCAACAGCUGAACACACAAUCAUUAUCCUUUGACUUUACACGAUAUAUUGUUAGUGACAAAUAAUUAUUCGAAAUACCCUUCCCCUUUUUAUAAUUAGUUGAAUAUGUAACAUUGAUCAGGGAUUAUGCACGUUUAAACAGUGAAAAGGCGAAUUAAAUGGUUACAAAAUAAACCAAGUGAAUGCAAUUAUUUUGGCGAAUACUUAUAUUUUGAUCAUAAAAUUUUAAAUGUCAUUUCGACAACCAACAGCUAUCAUUUUCAUACCUGAUAGGAGGGAAAACUCAUGAUGGAACAACGCUUGCAAAUCUAGCUACGUAUAAUUUAUUCUCAUAAACUGGCCUAUCAAUACAUUCUUUAACGAAAUAAACUACAGAAAGGUGCGAUAAAUAACAUUGUAAAAUAAUGAAGAACCUUCGAUGUUAUUCAACAAGGCUUAGAUGUGGACUUCGAUAGCCACCAGUAAACCCAUUAAUUUAGAAACGAAAAAAUUUUGAAAAAUGAAAAAAAAGAUAGAGAGAGAGAACAUGCAAAUCUUUUUUGGGACUAUCGACGAGGUUCGAGUCAACUCAUUGAAACAAAGAAAAAAGAAAGAAAACAAAAACACAAAUAAGAGAAACUAUAUAUACAAAUAUAAAUAGCUACGUUUCGUCUAAUGGACAUGACGUUCUGUUGGAGUCAAUUAACAUUUCAAUGGUACUGUAAUUACGGGAUACAACAGCGUGAAUCCAGUGUAAAUGAAGUGUGAGCGCGAUAUUUUGCGUGCAUGAUUUUGAAAAAACGUACAUCUUGAAAAAAAAAAAUAUUGAAACAGAAUACUAUUAUAAGCGAGUGCCGGCACGGGUAGUGGUUUAUGUGCCAAACUAGGCUUAUAAUUCAAUCGAGAAAUAACAAGAGAUAACAUGGAAAUGCCUUGGUAAUGAAUUUCCCAAUGUUGGAUAUUAUAUAUUUGUGUAUCGACCAAAAAUCACGAUAACUGAAGGGAUUUUAAAAAAUAUGAUAAUGCAUUUUACAGUAGCCGGCAUGAGCGAAGGGGCCAGUCUUUGAAUUUAUGAUCUGUGUCUUUAGAAUCUCAAAUCAAUUGAAAAUAUGAAGGAAAAAAGUAGUUAUAAAGUAGUAUUCCUUAAAAGUAUAGCAUUAAAGGAGAAGGACUUGAGCGGAUUAUCAAGCACUCACAUGAAAUGAAAGGAAGAAGGAAGGAGUAAGAGAAAUUUGGAGUUGUACUAGUAAUGAGGAAAAAGCGAGUAUCCACACACGCACACCCACGAGAAAGGAUCCAUUUCUAGUAUUAUUACUUCCAGCGGUAUAUUAUCAAUAAUUAAGUUGAAUUGCCUCUUCUAACGUCAUACUUGUACGUUGUAUUUUUUUUCUCAAUUAUCACUAGCCUAGAUUACGUGUCCCGAAAUCGGAGAUAAUUUUUUCAUGCCUGCAUUUUAUUAUUAUAUUAUCCAUUAUUUUAUGAUUAUUGCCGUAAUUACAAUUUUCGGUGCUUCCUUAUAAACACAAAAACAAUUGAACGAUAAAAAUAAUAAUUCUGAUUUUUUUUAAA